AUGUACGUCAUUUGCAUCGCAACGGAGGACGGUCAUCUGCUGGAAACCGCCGUCCUCGCCUUGCUGGCCCAAGUCACCCUUGCCGUUGGGCUCAUAGAGGAGUUUGACGCCCCGACUCACGUCCUGGAUUCCCUGCUUGCGGGGAAGGAUGGCGAAGCCCCGAGAGAGUUUGUCAUCCUCUUUGGUGACAAGGUUGCCUUGCGAUCGCAGGAGGUCCGCGCGCUUGUCCUCAUGUAUACUACCACCAUGCUACUCACAGCCAUGGCCCGCGCCCCGAGGUUUGCCAGGUUGUUGCAGGUGGGUGCUGACCGGCUGGAGAACGAGGAAAAGGAUGGGGAGAGUGCGGGUGCGCCAGGUGACACCCGACCGCCAGCGAUGUCUGGCUUCUUGAAGGGCGCAUACAAUGCCGUCGUUUUGAUGGCUGUCACUUUUAGGUUGCUCGUCUGGACGGGUCAGGUGCAUAAUUCAGAGUACAUGCCGGCGCUGUGUCGAGGCGUGCAGGUCAUUGCUAUAAUACUCCUUCAUCGCGGGUAUCUCGGGAGGGAGGAAGAGCAAGCUGUUCCAGUGCCCGAGCCGGUGAGAGACAUUGCUGGUAACGUGAUUGAGAAUCCAAUCGCGCUUUGAGAUGUAUGCCGAGACAAGGCAGAUCGCAGGAAAACGACUCAACGGCCCACAUGCUUUGACAACGUGGGACCGAUUUUGGUCGCCACAAAAUUUCUCGACUUGAAAUUUAUUCAUAACACCCCACACCACCGUUUUUCGACAACAACCGCAACUCAUGUUCCCGUUCCCACACCGCAUGUCACCAGCUAACCGGUUGGGACUUCGUCUCCAUCGCUCCAUCAGUUCGCUAAGCUUCGCUCGCAGUCCACUCCCUUUGCGCCCGCGUCUCUUCUGACACACCAUCGCCCGAGACGAACAAACGAAACUCCGGUCCUCACAACCACGCUCUGCCGAAAACGCUUCAAUCCCAACCACCAUGGCUGCCCGCCUUCUCACGACUAACAGGACUGCCUUUGCAGCUCCAAUAUCACUUCGUCCCCAAUUAACGGCAACAACCAUCCACGAUACUGUACGACAGGCGGCGUCCAAAAUCUCACACAUGCCUGCAUUUCGACCACUCAAACCCUCCGCUUUCAUCGCAACUCGUCCACGCAUGACGAUCACCGGCCCGCCCAAACCAACUUCACCUCCGAAACCGCCCGCCACCCCGGUGCCAAACGCGACAUACAAGCUAGCGCUUCUCUAUGACAGCGACUGCCCGCUCUGUCUCAAGGAGGUAAACUUCCUCCGUCGACGAGUGGACGCGCACGGCCCGCCCCCUUCCAUCAACUUUGUGGACAUUGCCUCGCCCGACUAUAACCCCACUGACUACGCCGGUAUUGACUAUGAAACCGCCAUGGGAAGAAUCCACGGCCUGAAACAAGACGGAAGUGUGAUUGUCGGCGUGCCCGUCUUCCGAGCGGCAUACGAGGCGGUCGGGCUUGGUUGGGUGUACGCAGUGACCAAGAUCCCCGGCGUCGGUGCAGCGGCGGAUGCCGUGUAUAACGUGUGGGCUGACUACCGGUUGCAGUUCACAGGGAGACCACCCCUCGAGGACGUCAUGCGAAUGCGGAGGGAGGAGGCCGAGAAGACGUGUCGGUCAGAGGGAGAGUAAGGGUAGUCCGUGCUUGUAGGAAUAAAAAUCGAACAGCGACUUAGUCACA